AUGGCCUCCGCCGGCUCAAGCUCCGCGACACCCCUCCUCUACGCCUGCAUCGCCUACAACACCACAAUCCUAACCGAACACACCACCUCCUCGGCCGCACAAACCUCAAACCUCGCCUCCAUCCUCCUCCCCAAAAUCUCACAUUCCGAAUCCCAAAAGCUCACCUACACCCACCAAGAAAACUUCAUCCACUACAUCGCCGACGGCCCCCCAUCCUCCUCAAAUUCCGACUCCCCCUCCGCCGCAGGCCUCACCUACCUCGUCGUCGCAAAAGCCGAACUCGGAAAACGCGUCCCGUUCGGCUUCCUGGUCGAGAUCAAGAAACGUUUCCUCGGAGAAUACGACCCCGUGCGGACGAAAUGGUCGAGUUUACCGGCGUAUGGCGCUGCGGCGUUUAAUUCGGAAUUGAAGAGGUUGAUGGUGGAGUAUGGGACGACGAAAGCCGGGCAAGAUGAUGCGGUGCGGAAUGUGCGGGGUGAGAUCGAGAAUGUGAGGGGCAUUAUGACGGAGAGUAUUGAGAGGGUUUUGGAGAGGGGGGAGAGGAUUGAUUUGUUGGUUGAUAAGACGGAUCGGCUUGGGGGCAGUGCGAGGGAUUUUCGGGUUAGGAGUCGCGGGCUGAGGAGGAGGAUGUGGUGGAAGAAUGUGAAGUUGAUGGUGCUUUUGGGGGUUGUGGUGGUGUUUUUGUUGUACUUGUUGGUCGGGUUUGGGUGUGGAUUACCUGCUUGGGGACGAUGUGUGGGUUGA